AUGUCAGUUCAUCCAGCUCUUCUCCAGCACUAUGUGCAGACCUGCCGAAACCUGGGCCAACCUGAAAACCCCUUCAUUGCUCAUGUGCUUCAAGAAGCCGAUAAAAAAGAAAAAACAUGGACAGAAGGGAUCACAUUAAAAAUAGCUGGAAAUAAUAAUGUAGUGCCCGUGCAGAGGGUUACAGACGAUGAUCUUCAAGUUCUUGCCUCUGUGUUACGUAAUGCUGCGCUUGUCACAGGUUUGGACCUUAGGUAUAAUGUAUUGACUGAUGCUGGAGCAAAGGACGUGGCAACGUUCCUCAAGGAAAACUCCACUCUGCGGUACCUUAACCUGAUGUUUAAUGAUAUUGGUACAAAUGGAGCAGAGCUGAUAGCGAGAGCACUCCAUAGGAAUGAAACACUUGUGUAUUUGAGAAUGACUGGAAACAGAAUAGGAAACAAAGGUGGAAUGUUCUUUGCUUCGAUGCUAAAAAUUAAUUCAACCUUAGAAAAGCUGGAUCUUGGAGACUGCGAUCUGGGCACACAGUGUCUAGUAGCGAUAGCAACAGCCCUGACUCAGAACAAAUCACUCAAAGCAAUAAACCUAAAUCGUCCUUUACUGUACAGCCAACAGGAAGAGACCACAGCUCAUGUAGCCGUAAUGUUGAAAAGUAACUCUUCUCUUGUGGAACUACACCUGCGCAAGCACGAAAUGAAAAACUUUGGUGUAGAACAGCUGUGUGAGGCUUUGUAUGAAAACUCCAGCCUGAAAUAUCUUGAUCUUAGCUGUAAUAAAAUAACCUGUGACGGUGCAAAAUUUUUGGGACAACUACUAAAAUGUAACCAAACCCUGGAAAUCCUAGAUCUUAAUGCAAACCGAAUAGGAGAUGAUGGAGCCAUCUACCUGAGCGAAGCCUUGGCCUUGUACAACAGGACUCUUCAGGCGUUGUCAGUAGUAAGCAACAAUAUAAGUGGCAAAGGACUUGUAGUUCUUUCAGAUGCAAUGAAAACAAACAUGGAACUUUCCUAUAUUUACGUCUGGGGAAACAAAUUUGAUGAAGCCAGCUGUACGGCAUUUUCAGAAUUAAUUCAGACGGGCCGCUUGAAACCCAAUUGUACAGACGUGGAACCCUAUGAAGUGGAUGGGCACGUUUGCCUCGCCGAGCUCUCGCACGGCCUUCAGAAGCAUUACUACUGGACACCACGUUGUGGGGAGGUGACAAACAAAGAUGCUAAUGCCAGCCUGGCGAUUGCCGCUGUUUCAGAACACUUGUGA